AUGUUGUAUGAUCAAUAUAUUCGCGAUUUUGUAUUGGAUCCAGAGUAUGUGAAAUGUUUGUAUGAAAAUGGAUAUGCAAAACAAGCUAGAAAAGUAGAGAAGCUUGCCUUGAGAGAGAUAGAUAAAAUCAAAGAAAAGAAAGAAGAAGAGGAGAAACAUUUGAGGGACAAAGGGCAAGAAAUUGACGUCAACUAUUUGUCUAAUUGUGAUAAUUCUCUAUUGCAAGUGCUUGAAGAAGUGUCUCCAAAAGAGAAAUUUCAUCCAUAUAUUGACAUUGAAAGCAAAGUGAAAGAUGAUGGUAAAAUGGAAAGUCUCUUCAAACAAGAGAGUGAGGUGAACGAAACAAUGUUAGUGCUUGAAAGUGAUUAUUCAAAGGUUCCUCAAAAGGAUGCUUCCAAGGAGAUUAUUGAGUCACCAUUUUUUUGUGAUGAAGAGAAUGUCCAUGUAACUCAACUUCCUUUGAAGCCUUUGCAAAUACAAAGUAACAUAUUGUUUGCCAAAAAUUUCAAUCCCAAGAAAGUCAAUUUGGUCAUAAAUAUCAAAUUCAAAAGAUCCAAAUAUUGUUUUAACAAUUGGCACCGUCUGUGGAAAAAGGAAGCAACAAUGGUUGGAACCACAAAAUUUGACAUUGAAAAAUUCAAUAGAUCAAAUGAUUUUGGUCUAUGGAAGAUAAAAAUGCAUGUUGUUCUGGUACAACAAGGCAUCGUGAACGCAUUGAAGGGUGAAUUAGCUCUUCCUGCAACAAUCACUGCAUGA